CUUCGCAAUUAUUAAGGCCAACGCAUAACCGGGCGCAUUUUGUGGCCGACUGCCUGACAAACCACGACGCCGGUCUCCAGAUGUCAUCCAACGUUGUUAUUGUAGUCGAAGAUUGCCCUGACUACUUCUGAACACAUCCCACCAGGGCAAGAUCUUCCUAAUUCCGCUGACAAACCGAGUAACGCACGGGUCUUUGCUCGCACAUAAUAGUCACCAAGAGUACCACGAAUCCUGCCAGACAACAUCUCGUUCAGCAUUAGUUCUAUCAGCUAUACACAAUGAGUGACCCGAGUCUAUACACCUACCCCUCUCCCCUGGAGGGAUACCAAAAUCUUCCUGCUCUUCCAGAUGAGCGAAACGAUGAUGGUAAAUCGUUCAAGAAUCCGCAGACUGGAGUCAAGAGCAAAGCAUAUUCAGAAUUCACUUCUCCCAUAGACAACGGAGUGCGUGGAGGUUUUGAUGUUCAUAUUUACUUUCUCCAGAGUGAUGAAGGACAGACCAAGUUCGCGAAAGAACUGUGGGAAAGGAUAAGGCGUGAAUUUCCGGAACUGAGGAUAUAUCAGCCAUGGGACAAGCCCAUCGGACCACAUUACACCGGCAUGUUCGAAGUAAACCUCUUCACACCUGAGCAGUUUGGUGCUUUCGUGCCGUGGCUGGUAAUCAACCGUGGUCCACUAUCAGCUCUUGUUCAUCCAAACACUGGAGACGACAUCCGCGACCACUCGCAACUUGCGACUUGGAUGGGUGAGCCGCUCCCGGUUAACUUAGCUCUGUUAAGAAGGUUCUUGAAAAGUAAAGCUUGAUGGUGGUUCUGCUCGCCAUUUCCGCUUACUAGUUUCGACGGGUAUUAGAGCUCCUAUAUAUCAGGCAAUAUGCUAGGGCGAGUCAUACAUAGAAUCUUUUUGGCGUCCAUGUAUAAUCUCCGACCAUUUUCCUCGAAGUGAAUAGUUUGCACUAUCUCGAAGCACUUCAGUAUUGCAUUUCGAGCAAGGCUAGCACGAUAUGCAUCGCUUUGCUUUGGCGAUGUUUGUGAAUGCCUCAGAGUUUUAUGCCUUGUUGCCAUCAUCCACACCUCCGGCCUUCUUCUUCU